GUUUUGUCUAUAAAUAUGGAAAGAUAAUUGGAAAUCAAUUAGUUAUCUCGGAAAUCUCUAAAGAUGAUUGCUACACUUCUAUCGAUCACGCUGCUCUUAAUAGCGUAUUCUGUGUAUCUUUUUACCAGAAGAAAGUUUUCAUAUUGGGAGAAGAAGAAUAUUCCGCAUCUACCACCGACAACGAUCUUUGGUAACUAUUCAAACUUUAUGUUACUAAAACAAAACUUGGGGGACAAUACUCUGGAGCUGUGUGAAACAUUCCCUGACGCACCGCUCAUCGGCGCUUACUAUGGAACAGAACCCUCUCUCAUCGUCCAGGACCCGGAGCUGAUCAAACUGGUCACCACAAAGGACUUCUACUACUUCAGUGGCCGUGAAAUAUCCAACCAUUCUGAGGACGAGCCCUUACUACGCAACCUCUUCUCCACCUAUGGCGACAAAUGGAAAGCUAUACGUCAAAACCUAUCUCCUAUUUUCUCCUCUUCUAAAAUAAAGACCAUGUUUCCCUUGAUUGGCAAAUGUUCUCUUGUUUUCGAGGACAUGUUGGACCGAGAAAUCGAAAAAUCGAGCGUACUUGAAGUUAGAACAAUAAUGUCGCGAUUUACAAUGGGUUGUAUCUGCUCUUGCGCGUUUGGCGUUGAAACACUAACCAUGGUGAAAACGGAGAAUAACGUUUUUAAAAUCAUAGGCGAUGUCAUAAUGGACUUCUCAGCAAAACAAGCUACAAAAAUGACGGUCAGAGCUAUUUGGCCAUCGAUCUUUUACGGUUUGGGAUUCAGGCUAUUACCGAAAGAUGUUGAAAACUUCUUUAAAAAACUAUUGACGGAUAUUUUUGAAAGUCGUAAUUACCAGCCUACAAGUCGAAACGACUUUGUUGAUUACUUGUUGAAGUUGCAGAAAAACGACUUGGUUGGUGAAGGCAUGAAGGACUUGAACUCCGACUCAGGACCAAAACUAACUGUGAAGGUUGACGAGGAGUUUUUGUUAGCACAUUGUGUUUUGUUCUUUUCCGCCGGCUUUGAAACAUCGUCGACAUCAUUGACGUUUGCAUUAUUUGAAUUAGCGAAGAACCCUGAAAAGCAAGAUAGAGCAAUUGAAGAUGUGGAUGCAUAUUUGCGUCGUCACGAGAACAAGCUGGAGUACGAGUGCGUCGCGGAAGUCCCGUACCUAGAAGCGUGUGUGGACGAAGCGAUGCGCCUGUACCCGGUGCUGGGUGUGGUGACACGCGAGACUUCGGCGGACUACGUUUUUCCGUCUGGUCUAAAGAUUGAGAAGGGUAUCAGGGUGCACCUGCCGCUGUACAAGUUACAUUACAACCCGGAUUACUUCCCGGAUCCGAAGAAGUACCGACCGGAGAGGUUCUACGGCGACGAGAAGCGCAACAUCAAGCCCUACACGUACAUGCCAUUCGGUGAAGGUCCGAGGAUUUGUUUAGGAAUGAGAUUUGCUAAGAUGCAAAUGACGGCUGGCCUCAUAACGAUUUUGAAAAAGUAUAGACUGGAACUAGCAUCAAACCAGAAGAGGGAUCUAGACUUUAAUCCUAAGUCUAUCAUCACUCAGCCGACCGAGGGUAUCAGACUGAACUUCAUUGAACGGAACGGGUGGCAAACCCGAGUUUUUGUAAAAUAGUAACACGACUAUAAUACUCCUAAUAAAAAGUUUAGUAUUGACUAAAA